AUGGAAGCAACGAAACAAAGGCUAUCAAACUAUUCCAUUCACACCACUACAUGUUUGCUUACACUCUACUCUUUGUUUCCACCGUUUUUAACACCAUCUUCCAAGAAAAUAGAGAACCCAUUUUCAUCAAAAAGCAAUGACUCCAUUUCUUCCAUUCCUUUUUUCCUCUUCCCCCUCCUUCAUUUUCAAACCAUGGAACAACAAGAUUGGAACAUGAUUGGUGCUGAUUGUCUUGUCUUAUCUUGUUGUUGUCAAUGCUUGAUGCUACAACUUCUAGUUUUCUUCUUGCUAAAGCUUCCUACCAAAUUGCUCAAGAGAACAAUACGAUACAUCAAGAGAAAGUUUACGGACCAAAUGCGUCAUGGUGGGAAAGUAGUGGGGGUGAAAGUGGCACGUUGCGCAAAAGAAGUUGUCGGGUGUCAGAAACCAAGAGACUUGAUGAAGGGUCGAGUUGAUCAAGUUGAGAGUUCUCGAAUUGAUGGGUGUAUGGAGGAGGUUGAAGAGGUGUUGGAGGAGUUCUCUAGAAAUGGUGAGUUUGGAUUUGGGAGUUUUUGGAAAGGUAAUAAUGAUGUUGAAGUUUAUUUUCCAAUUUGUCUUGUAAAACAAGAACUUGGGUGUCAUGAUCAUGUUUUUGGCUCUUUUAGGGUGCAUUAA